CACUUGUGGUGAGCAAUCUUGCUAAUACAAUUACAGAAAGCAGCAUAGUUUCUUUGUGGUUCAUGCCGGUGAAUAUCCUUCUCACAUUUAUCAUUGGUUCAGCACUAGGGUGGAUACUUGUAAAAGCCACUAAAACACCUCGACAUUUGCUAGGACUUGUAAUUGGUUGCUGUGCUGCAGGAAAUUUGGGGAACUUGCUUCUUAUUAUUAUCCCAGCAGUCUGCGAGGAGAAAAAUAGUCCAUUUGGAGAUUCAUCUACUUGCUCCACAAAUGGAGAGGCAUAUGCAUCCCUUUCAAUGGCGAUAGGGGCUGUUUACAUUUGGUCUUAUGUAUACAACAUUAUGCGGGCAAAAGGAAGCAAUAACAAUGGCUCUGCAGUUAGCAUAAAGCAUUCUAAUGAAACCUCAGAAUCAUUCUUAGAGUGUUGCACUGAAGAAUUAUUGCCAAAUGAUUUCCCAUCCUCCAAGGGAUAUGAAUCACAAGUUGAGAUAUCUUUCAUUGGACCUGAACAUAAAACGAAGGUGCCAAUUACCAAGAUGAUUAGCCAGCGGGUGAAAAAUUUGGCAGCAGAGGUCAACUUAAAGAUGUUGUUUGCACCCUCUACCAUUGCAACGAUUGUUGGGCUUAUCAUUGGAGUAGUCUCUCCAAUACGAAAGCUAAUGAUUGGUGAUGGUGCUCCUCUUCGUGUGAUGGAGAGUUCUGCAUCUAUUCUGGGGGAGGCAGCAAUCCCAUCCAUGACACUGAUUGUGGGAGCAAACUUACUUAAGGGUUUAAGGAGCUCAGGGUUGAACAUGUGGCUCAUUAUAGGGAUUUUAGUAGUUCGAUAUAUUGCUUUGCCUCUAUUGGGUGUUGCUGUCGUUAAAGCAGCAUACCAUUUUGGGUUGGUGGGAACAGAUCCAUUGUAUCAGUUUGUUCUCAUGCUUCAAUAUGCACUUCCUUCUGCAAUGGCCAUUGGUAAGAUUAUUUUUCCCAAUGAUUCAGAACACUCCUCAAUCGACAACAACCACCGAUAAGAUUUGUUUGCUGUUUUCUUAGAAGCUAGACUUUUAAUAUUUUCAAAAUCACUGCAGUAUCAAUUUCAUGCUUACUAAUAAAGUUAAAGAGAACACAUCUCACAAAUUCAAAUUUCCAAAGCCCAAGUAGCCUUAGUCACAUUACCGAUCUGAUUUUUGUUUUAGCUUGCUUAAUUAUUUCUGCAAUUUUGGCAGGUACCAUUACCCAGUUGUUUGAGGUUGGUGAGAGUGAAUGCUCUGUUAUCAUGCUAUGGAUUUAUGCUGUGGCAUCGCUCUCUCUCACACUCUGGGCAACCUACUUUAUGUGGCUGGUGUCUUGAUUUUUUAUUUUUUCAUAUAUACACACAUAACACCUAUAAAUACAUAUGCGCAAUAUAUAUAUAGCUGGAGUGUGUGUAUGCGUGUGCUUGUGUUGAAGUAUGUGUACGUGUGUGCAGCUAUAUUGUGGAGUGUGAGUUGAGUUUGUGAAAUUUGGGACGAAAAUAUACUCAUAAACUCAAAAAUUUAGCUGAUUUAUUUUAUAUACAUAUAUAUAUACCGAAAUGUUUCCAUCCA